AUGGCGUCUCAUCCCCUCCUCUCACUCACUCUGCUCCAAGGCAACACCUGGGGCCAUGACAUGAUGCAGUUGAAUCGGCCUACCAUGCAAGGCCUGAACCUCUUCAAGGUGACAACUUUCGACACAGAGCGCACCCUCACCCUCGCCUGCACUGCCCUCGAUGCGAAAACACGAAGAGUUGACCUCGUCGCCGCUCUCUGCGCCGGCCUCUUUCAACUCGUCGACGAGGACACACAGCAGCUCGUUGCCUUUCCACCAGAGACGGCGCCUGUCGGCAGCAUAGCCAUCCUGCCGAAAGAGAAGCCCGGUGAUUACCAGCUCCGCGUCGGCCUCGGCAUUGACACCACAGCCCAGAUCUGGAAAGAUCUUCUGGAGCCGUCCAAGACGUACGCCGUGCGCUUCUCCCCAUCCGGCGGCGAAGCAUGGUGUAGCCAUGACGAUGAGGAGAAUCGCCUUCCAGUCCGGCGAGAACCCGACGUCUUGCGCUUCACCGUCUACAACGACCCAGCCCCUCCCACCCUGUCCGCCGUUUUCGGCGUCGAGCCUGCCGUGUGCCACCGCUCCGGCUCACCACCCUUCAAGUUUGUCGUCGACAUCUCUCUCCCCGAUGACAGCGACGGGACCAGCAGCAGGAGCGAUACGCCACUCACCAUCAAAAUUGCGGGAACCUGGUUUGACGUCAGCCAGCUGAACUGCAUCGACCAGCUCGUGCACUGCGUCGACGCCGACACGGGUGAAAAGCCCGACUUCGAUGCACGCUUUCACUGCGGGCUCGACGCCUCUCCGCCUGGCUUCCCCGCUGACGACAUGUUCGUGGAGCUCUGGCCCGGCGGGCAGCCGUGGCGCUUCGAGUACACGCUGCGCGACUCCAGCACUCCGGGACCGCCUGGCGGGCUGGACGACCUGGUGGUCGGGCACCAAUACUCAGUCAAGCUUUCGGACCAGGCCGUGGGUUUUGGAUGGCGGUGGGGGAAGAAGGAGGAGCUGCUAAAAGGGACGGAGCAAGAGAAGGCUAAGAGGUGGGCCCCGGGGCCGAGGGGCAAUGGGAUUGCCCGAAUCAAACAGGUGAACGGUCCAGUCACGUUCGAUGUGGUUGACUAA